UUGUUUUAUUACAUCGAUGAGCUCUAAAUAUUCCUAAAAACACACAAAUAUCCUCUUCGAUUUUGCUUUUUUUUUAUCUCUUAAAGGUGAGAAAAAAAAGGAAAGAAGAUACGCUCUCUGACUCUUCCCGUGACUCCCUCGUUUCAAUUCCCCCAGGAGGAAUUAACAGAGCUUCCUCAGAUUUAGAGAGAGAGUGAGAGUGUCAGAGUCUGCACGAAUCAAAGAAAGCCUCUUUCUUUAAUUUGUUUGGAUCAAAAGGGUUCUUCUUUCUCGAGCUUAAGCAGCUUCUUCUAAUGGAGUUGAGCAAGGACAAGCUUCUUAUGUUGUAUUCAGAUAAGAAAGAACCCAAAGAAGCCAUAUGGGCAGUGAAUGAUCCAAUGUCCAAAUCAUACAAACUCUCUCUACCUUCAGCACUCAAACCUCCUCCUGACAAUCUCUUGGCUGGAAACAGAAUCAGUAGAUACACUGACAACAACAAGACCAAAUCUUCCAAACUCUCAUGGUACAAAACCAUUCUCGACCCAGGGAGUGAGAUCGUCUUGAAAUGGAACUGGGUCUUCAUCAUCUCCUGCAUGCUCGCUCUCUUCAUCGACCCUUUAUACUUCUUCGUCCCAGCCAUCGGUGGAAACAAAGACUACCCCUGCGCCAAGACCGACACGAACUUAAGAAUCCUCGUCACCUUCUUCAGAACCAUUGCGGAUCUUUUCUACCUGCUCCACAUUUUCAUCAAGUUCAGGACAGGUUUCAUCGCUCCCAACUCGAGCACUAGAGUGUUCGGUAGAGGCGAGCUCGUGAUGGAUCCCAAGGCUAUUGCUUGGAGGUAUCUUAAGUCUGACUUCAUCAUUGAUCUCGUCGCAACGUUGCCGCUUCCUCAGAUAGUUAUCUGGUUUGUUAUGCCGGCUACGAGAAGCUACCGGUUUGAUCAUAGCAACAAUGAUCUUGCGUUGAUUGUGCUCUUACAGUACAUUCCUAGGUUCUAUCUGAUAAUCCCGUUGAGUUCUCAGAUAGUUAAAGCUACUGGUGUGGUUACGAAGACUGCUUGGGCUGGAGCUGCUUAUAAUCUCUUGCUAUACAUGCUAGCUAGUCAUGUGCUUGGUGCGGCGUGGUAUAUACUAUCGUUUGAUAGAUACACGUCAUGCUGGAAAACGAGAUGCAACAAAGAACAUGGUGGAGUCAACUGUUAUCUCUAUUACCUAGACUGUGAUUCACCACUCUAUGACGCCAGGCAGCAACAAUGGGCAAAUGUCACAAACGUGUUUAAACUCUGCGAUGCACGAAAGGGGGAGUUCAAGUAUGGGAUGUUCGAGAACGCAAUCACUAAAAAGGUUGUGUCUUCAAACUUUAACGAGAGAUAUUUCUACUGCUUAUGGUGGGGGCUGCAACAGCUUAGUUCUUAUGGACAGAAUCUGUCCACGACCACGUUCAUUGGUGAAACCACGUUUGCUGUGCUCAUUGCAAUCUUUGGUCUUGUCCUCUUUGCUCAUCUCAUUGGGAAUAUGCAGACAUAUUUGCAAUCUUUGACGGUACGGCUUGAGGAAUGGAGAUUGAAGAAGAGAGAUACGGAGGAGUGGAUGAGACAUCGCCAACUUCCUGAAGAUUUGAGAGACCGUGUGAGGCGAUAUGAGCAGUAUAAGUGGCUUGCAGCAAGAGGAGUUGACGAAGAGGUUCUCCUACAAAGUUUACCCACUGAUCUUCGCCGUGAUAUCCAACGGCACCUAUGCUUAGACCUUGUUCGAAGAGUUCCAUUUUUCUCACAAAUGGAUGAUCAGUUGCUUGACGCCAUAUGCGAGCGUCUGGUCUCUUCUCUGUGUACGGAAGGGACUUACCUUGUCCGUGAAGGUGACUUGAUCACAGAGAUGCUCUUUAUCAUCAGAGGUAGACUCGAGAGUUCCACAACCAAUGGAGGCAGAACCGGUUUCUUCAACUCGAUCAUACUAAGACCUGGAGACUUCUGUGGAGAAGAGCUUCUUUCGUGGGCUUUGCUUCCAAAAUCAACCUUGAAUCUACCGUCUUCUACAAGAACAGUUAGGGCCUUAGUUGAAGUUGAAGCAUUCGCUCUUCGAGCUGAAGAUUUGAAGUUUGUUGCCAAUCAGUUUAGGAGGCUACACAGCAAGAAGCUUCAACAUACUUUCAGAUUCUACUCUCACCAUUGGAGGACUUGGGCUGCUUGCUUCAUACAAGCCGCUUGGCGGAGGUACAAGAGAAGAGCUAUGGAGAAUCAUCUCACUGCGGUUGAAUCAAAGCAAAGUGAUGAAGAAGAAGAAGAAGAAGUAGUGGUUGGAAAAGUAGUAGAAGAAGAGGAAGAGGGUGUAGGGCCGAGUCCAAAUACGAAGAUGAACAUUGGAGUUAUGGUUUUGGCUUCACGUUUUGCAGCUAAUACAAGACGUGGUGUUGCAGCUCAGAGAGUUAAGGAUGUGGAGAUGCCUCGGUUCAAGAAACCUGAAGAGCCUGAUUUCUCUGCUGAGCCUGAUGAUUGACUGCAUUCAUAUAAACAGAAAAGAAGCUGACUUGGUUUUAGUUACACUGGUGAUUCUCUUAUGAUUAAGUAACGCUACAUAUUGAGGUUUCCUGGUUAUUGGGGAGUUAUAAAGAAAUCUAGUGUGUUUUGGUUUUUGUACAUGAAAACAUCUUUUGUAAUCUAAGCUUUGGAACAAAAGAUUCACUGGAAUUAUAUCUUCUGUAGAAGCAUUCUUGUACGUUGAUUGUUUUUAUUUUGACUGAGACUUGAGUCUGUCCUUUGCAACC